GAAAACCGUCCUCGCCGGCGUUCCGGAUGUCAGAACACCGCCCCUCCCCAUUCCAGGAGCCGCACUCAGGACGUCGGGCCCCGCCCCCCUUGAGCGCGUCACCUCGUGUGCGCUCUCGCGACUGGCGUGCGCAAGCGCCCAGGGUCUUCGAAGCCGCCAUUGGUCUCCUGCUUACGGGUCGAACGGCCUGUUAGCAGAAGUCCGCAGGCGGGGAAAGAAGGAGCCGGGUUCGGAGUUGUCUGAGAUUUCUUCACCUGAUCUCAACAAAAAGAGAGAGCAGCGAUUGAGAUUUCUUCAUCAUUUGACUGUUUCGCUGACUUGAUACCAUUAGUCAGAGUUGGGGAGUGUGUCUUGGGUGGCCAGGAGCCCCAGUGACCAGCCACAUCAGCCUCGGACAUGCUGCCCGGUGGAUGCCCUGUGACUUUAACACUCAUCUCACCGAGGUCUCUGGCUUCCCGUAGUGCCCAUCCUGGAGCGAUGGUCCACGCCUUUCUCAUCCACACCUUGCGGGCUCCACAGGCCCAGGACACGGGCCUUUGCCGGGUGCUCUACUCCUGCGUCUUUGGUGCUGAGAAUUCACCUGAUGACCCACGGCCACAUGGUGCCGAGAGGGACAGGCUCCUCCGAAAGGAGCAGAGUUUGGCUGUGGCCAGGCAGGUGGAAUCUAUGUGCCAGCUGCAGCAGCAGGCAUCGGGCCGGACCUCCAUGGACCCGCAGCUUCAGUCCUCAGAUGAGCCAGUGUCCCUGCAGGAGGCCCCACUUGGGGCCUUCCGCCUGGCAGCCGGGGACCCUUUCCAGGAGCCUCGGACAGUGGUGUGGCUGGGUGUGCUCUCAUUAGGCUUCGCCCUGGUGCUGGAUGCUCACGAGAACCUGCUGCUGGCUGAGGGCACACUCCGGCUGCUGGUACGCCUCCUCCUGGACCACCUCCGGCUGCUUACCCCCAGCACCAACCUCUUGCUUAGAGCUGAUCGCAUCGAGGGCAUCCUCGCCCGGUUUCUGCCCCAUGGUCAACUGCUCUUCCUCAAUGACCAGUUUGUCCAGGGUCUGGAGAAGGAACUCAUUGCUGCCUGGCCCCGCUGACCCCUCACGGGGAUGGGGCUUUCUGAGGGGCAGGGAGGGAGGACAGGGAAGGAUGGACACACAGCCGGGUGAAGCUUGGCAUCGGCCUCCUUCCCAGCCUGCUCCCAGCUCUGCUGUGCUACCACGUCCAGGACAAGUGGACGGGACAAGCUGGCAGAAGAGAAGGCUGGGCAGAGUGGUGGGGAGGAAUGCCAGAACAUCCUGUGCCCAGAGCUGCCGUGUGACGCAUUCAGACUGCUGUGGUGGGCCAGCCCCACCUGUCCUUGACCCCAGUUUCUCCCAUCCCUGGCAGCCAGCCCCCAAAACAGUCCACCAGUUGCUAGUGUUGGAGCAUGAGGAGUGGAACUCGGCCCACUUUCUCCUUCCAAACCUACAUUCCUCGCAGUGCAGAAGGAACCUGAGACUCCCAGGGUAUUUGCACCCACUUAGGCAACAUUAUCAAGGAGGGUUUUCUCAGUGAGCACCUGCUCAGUGUCCAGCCCCACCACAGUUCACAAAUGUGUCGUUCAUUCAGCAGGGGGAUUCUGGAGCACUCUGGGGCAGCCCUUGCCCGUCAGGCAGCCUCAAGAUAAUCAUAGGUUUCCCUUGUCUGCAGGGAGAGAAGGUUCCGUUAGGUGGAUUCAAGAAGUCUAGCCAGGAUGAAGUUGUCUUUAUUGUUUUGAAUUAAAAGUACUGAUUGUGUGAUUUCA